CUUGGUCCACCCAUGUACCUAGUAUUCAUCUUUUUCUUUAUCAAGUAUCACUACAGUGGGCGGCUCUAAUGUCUGUGUCUCUCUCAACAGAUUCAGCAGAUGUUAAAAACCAGCGUGAUGUUCUUCUGAGGUACCGUGGCAAGACACGGGUGGAGGUUCUAUCAUCAUGGCGCCAGACCACUUUGCUAACUAGCAUUCCCUUGCCUCUUGGGUUUGGACGACUACUUGUCACUAAAGGCAUUCAACACUGCAUCUGUGACAGGCGGGUUUACAGAGUGAUAAUACCACUGUAGUUAGAUGGAACUGGCUCUAAUGUCUGUGUCUCUCUCAACAGAUUCAGCAGAUGUUAAAAACCAGCGUGAUGUUCUUCUGAGGUACCGUGGCAAGACACGGGUGGAAGUUCUAUCAUCAUGGCGCCAGACCACUUUGCUAACUAGCAUUCCCUUGCCUCUUGGGUUUGGACAACUACUUGGCACUAAAGGCAUUCAACACUGCGUUUGUGACCGGUGGGGCUGGCAGAGUGGGAUUGUCCAUUUUCUAGAUGAUUCGCGUGUUUUUUGAUACGUUUUAGCUGCAGGUAUAGAUAUACUAUUGAAUCAUUUUAUUGUUUUGCUAGGUUUCAUGAAGAGCAAAAUCAAGCAUUCAAAGCUCAGCAACGUUAAGACACUCAGGUCAAGAAUCAUUAAAGCCUGUGAAGCUAUUCUUUUGGUACAUCUUCAGAAUUUUAUUCGAUUUUCUGUCAAGAGAUUUGGAUGCUGCAGAAACAAGUAGUCGAUUCAAUAAAAUUACUGCUUUUUGUCAUUCUAGUGCUUUCAUGUUUAAAUAAACAAAACAUUAGCUUGUUUUAAUUUCAUCAU